AGGGCGGGGAAGAGGCGCUGCGAGGCGGGGAGGAAGCGCUCCGUCAGCCGGGGAGGGACCCAGGGACCAGCCGAGACCCGAGAGACUCACGGGCACACAGCCGAGUUUCCUCCUCCGCCGACCGGCCGCACGCUCUGCACGGUGCACGGACAGCCCUCGGGAGGAUACCCACGGGGCUGGAGGGAGACCUGGAGAGCCGGGAGAGGGGGACGAGGGAGCGGGCUUUCUGCUGCGGUGAGCCCGGACAUCAGCGCCAUGGAGCUGGAGAACAUUGUGGCGAACACCGUGCUGCUCAAAGCCCGCGAAGGAGGUGGAGGGAACAGAAAAGGAAAGAGUAAGAAGUGGAAGCAGAUGCUACAGUUCCCCCACAUCAGUCAGUGUGCGGAGCUUCGUCAGUCCAUCGAGAAGGACUACAUCAGCCUGUGUGAGAAGCAGCCAAUCGGGCGUCUCCUCUUCAGACAGUUCUGUGAGACUCGCCCAGAGCUCAAGAGAUGUGUCAAGUUCCUCGACGCCGUGUUAGAUUACGAGGUGACGCCAGACGAGAAGAGGAAAGAGUGCGGAGAGGAGCUCAUCAACAAAUUCCUGAACCCAAAGUCUGAAGAGUACGUUUCGGAGCUGGAGGAGUCUAUGAUGGCCCAGUGCUCAGAGAGACUUCAGGAAAACGCCUCCAAAGAACUGUUCAAAGACUGCACCAAACUGAUCCAUGACUUCCUGUCCAUGGCCCCGUUCGCAGACUACCUCGACAGCAUGUUCUUCAAUCGUUUCCUGCAGUGGAAGUGGCUCGAGAGACAACCUGUGACAAAGAACACUUUCCGACAGUACCGAGUUUUGGGUAAAGGAGGCUUCGGCGAGGUGUGUGCGUGUCAGGUGCGAGCCACAGGUAAAAUGUACGCCUGUAAAAAACUGGAGAAGAAGCGGAUAAAGAAGAGGAAAGGGGAAGCCAUGGCUCUGAACGAGAAGCAAAUCCUCGAGAAAGUCAACAGUCGCUUUGUGGUGAGUCUGGCGUACGCCUACGAGACCAAAGAGGCGCUGUGUCUGGUGCUGACGCUGAUGAACGGAGGAGAUCUGAAGUUCCACAUUUACCACAUGGGGGAGGCGGGCUUCAGCGAGGACAGAGCUGUGUUUUACGCGGCAGAGAUCUGCUGCGGGCUCCAGGAUCUCCACCAAGAACGCAUCGUCUACAGGGAUCUAAAACCAGAGAAUAUCCUGCUGGAUGAUCACGGACACAUCCGUAUCUCCGACCUGGGCCUGGCCGUUCAUAUUCCCGAAGGAGAGACGAUAAAAGGCCGUGUGGGGACGGUGGGAUACAUGUCUCCGGAGGUUGUGGAUAACGAGCGUUACACGUUCAGUCCGGACUGGUGGGCUCUGGGCUGUCUGAUCUUCGAGAUGAUCGAGGGACAGUCUCCAUUUCAGCAGAGAAAGAAAAAGAUAAAGAGGGAAGAGGUGGAGCGGCUGGUGAAGGAGGUGGAGGAGGAAUACUCGGAGAAGUUCUCGGAGGACGCCAAGAACAUCUGCAAACAGCUCUUGGCCAAAGACCCGUCGAAGCGCCUCGGCUGUCUCGGGGGCGGGGCCUCAGAGGUCAGAGGUCACCCUAUUUUCAAAUCCCUCAACUUCAAACGUCUCGAGGCCGGGAUGCUGGAGGCUCCGUUCGUACCAGACCCUCAGGCCAUUUACUGUAAAGACGUCCUGGACAUCGAGCAGUUUUCCACCGUCAAAGGAGUCGAGAUCGAAGAAAAAGACGAAUCUUUCUACAGUAAAGUGUCCACAGGAUGUGUGUCCAUCCCCUGGCAAAACGAGAUGAUUGAGACCGAGUGCUUUGUGGAGUUAAACGUCUUCGAGCAGGACGGAGUGAUGCCUCCAGAUUUAGACUGGAGAGGUCAGCCGUCGUCUCCUCCCAAACAGGGGCUGAUGCAGAGGCUCUUCGGACGCAUGGACUGCUGUGGUAACUGCAGCGACAGUGACGACGAGCCCACCCGCCUGUGACGACCGCCGCUCCACUUUCGUUUACAACUUUUGCACAUUUGUAUUUUUACGAUAGUCCUCGAAUGUAUAUUUCCGCACAGCCAUAUUGUUUUUAUUGUUAUUUAAAAUGGCCGCCGGUGAUAGACUGAAUUUGUGCAGACUUUUCUUCAGGGAACGCUUGCUUUAAAUUCAACUUUUUUCAACUUUCUCGCUUUUUGUUUUUAUGUUGUCGGACCGUCGCUUUGUUCAAGAAGUGCCUUUGCUCGCUGGCACUGUGACAAAUAGAGGAUUCAACCACUUUCUUCAGGGAAUUUAACCUUCAACCCGGACAUUUCACCACAUCCAUCCAAAUCCUUUCCCGUCUCGUCAUUGGUUCAUUUCAGUCAUGUGACCAAACGCACUUUCUGCAUAUAUAUUCAAAUAAGUUAUUGCUUUGACAUUUCAUAUUUGUAAAAAAAAGAAAAUGCUCUUGAAAUAAAGCCGCAUUGUGUAACUUUUCUGGUAGAGGAUCCGUCAAUUCCUUGUCGCCGUGGAGAUUUUGUUGCUUUGUCUGGAAGGUUUCAAAAUAUGGCAUUAAACUUCCUGUUUUUGGAAGUGUUUUUGAGCGGUAAAAAAAAUAUUUGUUGUAUCAUUUGUACAUUCUUUUUUUUUUUUUUUUUUCCAAAAUAAAACCAAAAAUGGUUCUAGUUCAGUCCUCAUUCAGUCUUGGUUUAGUCCUGCUUUAGUCCUGGAUUAGUCCUGGUUUAGGAUUGGGACCGGACCAGGACCAGGACUGAGAUCAGGACUGAGACCGGGACCAGACUGGGACUGAGACCAGGACUGCAACCAGUUUAGACCUGGUGUAGACCUGGUUUACUCCUGGUUUAUUUUCGUUUUAGGACUGCGGCCCGGACUGAGACUGGGACUGAGACCGGGACUGAGACCGAGACCAGUCCAGGACCAGGAUCAGGGCCAGACCAGGACUGAGACCAGGACCAGGAUCAGGACCAGGCCAGGACUGAGACCAGGACUGAGACCAGGACUGAGACCAGGACUGAGACCAGGACUGAGACCAGGACUGAGACCAGGACUGAGACCAGGACUGAGACUGGGACCAGACCGGGACUGAGACCGUGAGUGAGACCGGGACUGAAACUGGGACCAGACCGGGACCAGACCGUGGCUGAGACUGGGACCAGGAUCAGGACUGAGACCAGGGUUGAGAACAGGACCAGAACCAGGACUGAGACCGGGAUUGAGACCAGGACCAGGAUUAGAACUAAGACCGGGACUGAGACCGGGACUGAGACCGGUUUAAACCUGGUUUAGAUCUGAUUUAGUCCUGGUUCAGUCCUGGUUUAGUCCCAGCAUCACAGUUUAAGUCAUGGAAACAGGAAAUUAUCAGUUUUUUUCCAUUGAGACAAAUAAUUUUUGUCAUUUUCUUUUUUAUUAUUAUUGGUUUUAUUUUGAAAAACGAAUGAACGAAUGACACACUUGUAAAAUUGUAAAACCACCUGUAACUGAACAAAUUUAAGGUCGAGCUGUUUAAAGUCACACUGUGGAACGUUCCAGACAGAAACAACAAGGUGAUGGACCCUCAACCAAAAAGUUACACAGUGCAGCUUUAAUGCCCCAAGCACUGAAACAGUAAGUAUCAAUGUAAAUAUUGUUAAAAAAAAUAUAUUGUUGUUGAAAUGUUACUAGAAAAACAUUUGAUUUGACAAAAGUGCGAACGAAUCCUGGUUUAACUCAAAAUGCCACAAACUAUUUUCAUCAAGAAAUAUUUGUGUCUGGACUUGAAAUCAUGAAAUUUUUGGCAAGACUUUGGUUUAAUUUGUACUUGAACUUAAAGGGUCCGUGUUACGACA